ACAGGGCUUAUAUGCGCGCACAGGAGGAGGAGGAGGAGGAGUGUGACUGUGGAAUUACGUGGGUGAAAAAAAAAAAAAGAGAAAAGUUGGGUCUGAUUUGCUGGAAACGCGCAGGAGCGAAGGUGCACCGGGUGACUUCAGAUCAACUUAGUCUAAAGAAGAGCUGAACAUCACUGAGACACUGCGCCCUCUGAAGCUGUUCACCAUGCUUUUAUUCACCACGCUUUUAUGAACCACGCACCACUCCACGGAGACGCGCCACGAGCCCAUACGUAACGCAGGAGUACGCAGCGUCUGCACCGGCCCCGGAGCAGCUUGUCUCACACUGUGUCCCUCUUGUCCUCUUGCUUUAUUUCUCCUUCUUCUCCGCGGACACGACAAUCUUUUGGAUCUCGACAAACUCCCGGAUGUUCUUGGAUAGCCCUUUUGCUGCUCGUGUUUUUCCGCGGAUAGCUCCAGAGUGUUGAACGCUGCGCUCUGGUCCUGGAAUGGCGCGAUAAAGUGAUCAGGGAGCUCUCAAUAGAAGCAGUCAUUUACCGUCCCUGACCGAGCCGCCUCGUCAUGUAUUCUCCUAUUUGUCUAACUCAGGAUGAGUUUCAUCCCUUCAUUGAGGCCCUUCUCCCUCAUGUCCGUGCCAUUGCCUACACAUGGUUCAACCUCCAGGCCAGAAAACGCAAGUACUUCAAGAAGCACGAGAAGCGGAUGUCCAAGGAUGAGGAGCGCGCAGUGAAGGAUGAGCUCCUGUGUGAGAAGCCUGAGGUGAAACAGAAGUGGGCGUCCCGGCUGCUGGCCAAGCUGCGAAAAGACAUUCGGCAGGAGUACCGCGAGGACUUUGUCCUCAGUGUGACGGGGAAGAAAGGGCCGUGCUGCGUGCUGUCCAACCCCGACCAGAAGGGCAAGAUCCGCCGCAUCGACUGCCUCCGCCAGGCCGACAAAGUGUGGCGUCUGGACCUGGUGAUGGUCAUCCUCUUCAAAGGCAUCCCUCUGGAAAGUACAGACGGGGAGCGGCUGGUCAAGUCCCCCCAUUGCACCAACCCAGCACUUUGCGUCCAGCCGCACCACAUCACAGUAUCGGUCAAAGAGCUGGACUUGUUCCUGGCAUACUAUGUGCAGGACCAAGACUCACAGCAGUCAGGAAGUCCCAGUAACAAUGAGCCAGGCAAGAACCCUCUUCCAGUGUACUUGGAGGACAGCUUCAUCAAAUCCGGCGUCUUCAGCGUUUCCGAGCUGGUGCGAGUAUCUAGAAUGCCCAUCACCCACGGAGCGGCGGUAAACUUCUCCAUGGACAUGCCGAGCCAACCGUACUACCACGACCUGAACUCCAGCGUGGGGCUUCAUCGCUCCCUCUCCUCCCCUCCCGGCAGUAAAAGGCCUAAAACGGUGAACAUGGACGAGAACAUGGACACCAGCCCGACCGGUCCAGACUUCUACUCCUCGCCGAGCUCGCCCGCCAGCAGCCGCGCCAACUGGCACGACCGCGACGGAGAAACAAGAGAUCCGCCUUGUGAACGGGCCCCAGCGAGACCGUACAACUCCAGCCACAUCAGCUGCAACUAUAUUCUACAUACAACAGACAUGUCCUCUCCCACCAUGAAGAAGCCAGAGAAGCUGUUCAGCCCCACCUCUCCACAGGACUCUUCACCGAGACUCAGCACUUUCUCUCAGAGCCAUCACCCCGGACUAACAGGUGUCGGACACAGUGUUAUAUCGACGAGGAGCCCACCGCCGCAUUCGCCUCUGCAGUUUUCGGCUCCCACCAUUUUGCCCCCUGCUCCGUCACCGUAUUUCACACACCCGACGAUUCGCUACCCGCCCCACCUCAACCCCGGAGACCCCCUCAAAAGCUAUGUCCCGUCGUAUGACCCAUCCAGCCCACAGAGCAGCCAGCCCAACAGCAGUGGUCAGGUUGGGAAGGUCCCGGGACACUUCACCCCUGUGCUGGCCCCCUCCCCUCACCACGGCGCAGUCCGACCCGUCUCCCUGUCCAUGCCCGACACUAAGCCGCCAAUCACCACAUCUACGGAAGGAUACUCCGCCCCCGGCACCCCCACGGCCAAUCGCUUUGUGGGCCUGAGCCCUCGAGACCCCGCCUUCCUCCACCAGCAGCAGCUGAGGAAGUGUGACUGGAGCGUGACUCAAAACGGCAGGCAUUAUGGCCCCAGUGCCACAGAGGACACUUUGGGGAUUACUUGGCAAAGUCCUGGUACCUGGGCGAGCUUAGUUCCAUUCCAAGUGUCGAACGGGACUCCGAUUCUGCCAACAAAUGUCCACCAGAACUACAGCAUAAACAUCAUUGGUGAGCCACUGGUCCAGGCCGAAACCGGGAACUGAGUCCAUUUCACAGAGGCUGGAUUAGGACCCCCCCCUCCCCCUUUUCAGAUGGUGGACAGGUCGACCCAAGACGGUGGAGGUUUGGGGGAUAUGUUUUUUGUUUAGUUUUGUUUUAUUUUUCUUUAUGGGUAGUGCGUCGCAAGCACUACAGGUGUCUUCAGCCAUGGAUGAAACCAGCAAGCAGUAAACCCACGCUGCACAAUCUAAACCCCCCUCCCCUGUAUCUCCCUUCGGUGACCCCGCCCCGCCCCCCCGCCCUCAGAGAGCCCCUGUGAUCGGACGUUGGCCGAGAAGACGAGACCGAAGCGGGAGGAGAAUCAUAGGCUUCAGGUCUGCAGUCUCCAGCCCGCUCCACACUCCACCCACCACCAGUCAGUCGUUGUGCAGGACUUUCAGAUCCAUUCAAAUACUGUGAUGUAUAGAUGCCUUAAUGUUUUAUUGCAUGACACUCUAGUCUCUUAGUGGUUAAUCUUUUCCAUGUCGAGGGAUGUUCAUUGACACAUGUGAAGGGUGGGUACGACCUCUGGCUGGUGGACUCUACACUGUCUCACUGUGUGCCCCAUAGGAACAAACAUGUGAAUUCAGAGUGUUUCCGUUUGAUUUCAGUUGACUGUGACUCUUUGUUCAGACAAAUGUGUUGACUUGUUUAUUCUUUACUUCAGUAAUUAAUGUAAACACAGAGUUGAGAACUCUUGAUGCGGUUUUCAAAAAACACUAAAUGCUCGGCCUGAGAUUGAACCCCUCCUAAAAGAAUUUGAGACUCCUUUUCAAAAGGACUUAAAAGCGAAAAUAAGGAAAAGAGGCAAGUGCAAUUGAAUAUUUGAAGGGAAGCUAUCAGUCUGUCAGCCCAAGACUCUAAAACAAAGGGGAAUCAUUAUGAAAUAGUAAAAUGUUUAAAUAAACAAACUCAGACUCACCUGUCCGUGUGCUCAAAGAGGAAACAUCAAGGCCGUCGAGGCAGGCACUAAGCUUCAGCAGCACGUCUUUAAUGCUUCCCAUCACAAUGGGCAGCUCGUAUUUAUUUUUGAGGAAAAUGAUAAAAUAGUAAAGAACUGAAACACAAUAUGUGUAAAAACGACUUCACUUUUGAUGCUACGAUAAGAUCUAGAGCAUAUGCAUUUGGCCAUCAGCUUCUAAAGCUUAUGUUUACAGAAUAUAAUAUGGAAUGCAAAGUAUUAAUCAUGGACAAUUCAUGCAAAUGUACAGUAAGCUUCUGUGUGUGCGAGGUUCACCACACUGGAGGUUUCAAACUGAAACACUUAAGAACCAGGUGGUGACGAAUCCCUGAAAUCCAGAAUUGUGCACGGCAUGUUCACAGCCAUGGCCUCUCCAAUCCUGACGUAUUUAUACAGGAAAUCUCUCCAAUAUCUCUUAAUUUGCACGAUGACAUAUAGUCCACAUUACGUGCCUUGCCUUUGAAUAUAGAGACAUCACUACACUUGUUUUUGCUGCAUUUAUCAUUAUAGAAAAAUUAACAUUUUUAUGAUAAGACUUGUUUUGUACUCUGAAUGAAAUUGUUGAUUUUUAACUUCAUGUACUACUCUCACAGUUACAUUGCAUAUCAAGGCUGUGUAUAGUUAAAGUUUGUAAUCAACCAGCAUUUUUUCAGUAUUUUGGUGGUUUUUCUAAUAACCUGUCAUCUUCUUUUUGUUUUCUUUUUAUUUUCAAUGCUCAUUUCGUUCAUCUUCCAGUUACUAUUGUGGAGGGUGGACUCAGAAUUAUGAAAAUUAUGCAAUACCAAGUUUUGCCUAUGUAGGUCGUGCUUAUAGAUUCGUCAUUAUUAGAGGCUAGUUUGGAGAUAGACGAUAUUGUAAUGCAUUUAUUUUGUUGAUAUUGUUGUUCGUCAUUGUUGAUGUUGAUGAUGUUGUUGUUGCCGUGGGUGAUUUUUUUCCUUUUUUAUCGACCAAAGUGGGGACUGCUUUCUAUGCAGUAUAUGACAAGGUCUUUUAAUUUUUUAACAAAUCAGCCUACCGAGGAGUGGCGAGUCCAUGAAUUUGAAUUUGAGAGGGAAUUUUAUUUAAUUUUUUUAUUAUUAAUUGUUCAAAAAUGUACCCUUGGUCUUACUACGGCUGCAAAGUCACUGAUUGGUCUACUGUGACACUUCCUCUAACUCUCCACUUGGGGUGCUAGCUCGCAACGUUGACUCAUUUUAUCACAGGAGAGACGGCUUGACUUGAGUUUGACAAUCAUUUUGACAUUUUAUUUGUCUUAUUUCUUCGCCUGUCGUCUCAUUUCGUUCCCUAUAAGGAUGGAAGACGCCGUUCGAUUUCGCAAAUGCAAUUUUUUCCCGAGUAGAUGCCUUAAACCCAACAGUGAAGUGGCCUGUGAUCUGCGCAAUCAAUCACGCACCGACUACUGCUGAGCGCUGUCCGAAUCACCCACAGACAGGCUCAGGCACGCCUUUAGAAAAAAAAAAAAGUAUUUUAUAAGUAUUAGAUUUGUAUAAAUGUAAAUACGAUAUGCACAUUACUGUAUGUCAAAUCCUUCCCCAGCAAGAAUAGACGCUUAAAUAGAACCCACUAGAAUGAAAAACAUAGCACUUAAAUAUAGCACAUAGGCAAUCACCUUCUCCCCGUUAUGACAGUGUUCGACAUUAAGCGGUAACGUUUUAGAAUAACUCGCACGGUUUAGUAUUAAAGCGCAGUUUUAUGCCAGAUGUCCUUCCUUUUCCCGUCAUCCUGUUGCGUUUUGAGCGAUGUGGCGGCGUAUUUCUCGAGAAAAGUAGUUCAACGGGAGCUUUUUCUUCCUCUUUCUAAAAUAUCGUAGCCAUAUUAGUGUUUAACUUUGUAUUUUACGCAAAAAAAACCCACAUUUUGUCAAUCAGCGCUUUUCAAAUCAUUCCUAAAUUUGGUCGUUUAUCUCCGAGACGGCGUUACAUGGCGUUAAAACUGGUGUGGCAGUGUAUUUCUCGAGAAAAGUAGUUCAACAGGAGCCGUUUUCUUCCUCUUUCUAAAAUAUCGUAGCCAUUUUAGCGUUUAUCUUUGUAUUUUACGCCAAAAAAACACAUUUUGUCAAUCAGCGCUUUUCAAAUCACUCCUAAAUUUGGUCGUUCAUCUCCGAGACGGCGUUACGUGGCGUUAAAACUGGCGUGGUGGCGUAUUUCUCGAGAAAAGUAGUUAAACUGGAGUUUUCUUCCUCUUUCUAAAAUAUCGUAGCCAUAUUAGCGUUUAACUUUGUAUUUUACGCUAAAAAAUCCGCGUUUUGCUAAUCAGCUUUUGUCAAAUCAUUCCUAAAUUUUGUCGUUUAUCUCCGAGACGGCGUUACGUUGCAUUAAAACUGGCGUUAGCGGUUUGCAGCCGUUUGUUGAGGUAGUGUUAAAUGCCAGGGCGGAGAAGCGGGUUUUUUUUAGUCGAGUCUUAAACCGCCGUGUUACAACCCAGCUCGUGCGGGGAAGGGAAGUAGCAAAAAAGAAAAUCAAGAUGGGAAAAUGGUAAAAAUGUCAAAAUGAAAAGACUGAGAGGGUCCCACAGGUAGAGGGCGCUGUUCUAGAGUCGUAGAAAAAAAUCUCAGAGCGGGAAUCCCUUUCAAACUCCUCACGCUACGCACUUACACGAGGUCGCUGAGUUAUUCUGAAGCGUUACCGACCGACCUCUCAGGCGAACAGCAGGGCAUUAUUUUCUAUAUCAAUCAAGUUUAAUGUGAAAUCUCCUUGUCGUCUUUUUUGCACUCUUUCCCUACAAUCGUGAAAGACAAACCCUCGGAGAGCUGGCGGCGUCUCUCCAAAGUGCUACCAAGAGGGCUACUACUACUACUACUACUACUAUUACUACUACUUCUACUACUACUAUACGAACCAGGAAGUAAAACGUUUAAUUCCCUCAAGUCAAGCUCAAUCUCUCCAACUUCACCCUUAUGUAGAAAAAAAAAAAACGAUAGAAAAAGCCACCCCGUACGAUGUGCACUGCUUUUGAAAUUUAUUUUUUGAUUAUUUUUUUUCUUGUGGAAUUAAAAUUUGUAAGUGCUUUGCAGCCUACGGCCAUCGGAGACCCCACUGAAGUGCGUUGUCCCCGUGUGUGUGUGUGUGUGUGUGUGUGCGAUACGUGUCAGGGUCACUGUGUAUCUGAAGAGGAGGCUGUACAUAUGGGUAAAAUCCGGGCUGAUGGCAGUAGAAGUGGCAGCUUGGUGUAUGUGUGAGCUCGAGUGCCUCGGACGCUAAAAGUAAAAAUGAGGGUCUUUCUAUUAGAAAUAAAAAAAUAUCCUGUAAUAUCAAAGACAGGAGUUUGUACACUGUAAAACUUUGUCUCUUAAGCCCUUAUUUGUAAAUCUUCCAUUUUUGGGGAAAAUGAGUCACUUCCAUUUUAGGAAAUUUUGUGGUUUUUUUUGUUUUUUUUUCCGGAGGCUGGAUUUGAGUUAGAACUCUCCAGAUUCCUCUAAAUAUUGAAUGAAUUAUUAGAGUCUAAAGUGUUUUUGUUGUAUUUGUAAAAUCAGAACGCAAGGGGAAUCUUUAGAAAUCAGUAAAAAAAACAGCUACCAUGAAGGUUUUUUUAAUUAUACUAUUUUUAUUUCUGAACCUAGUGCUUAGAUAUUUCCAUGUGGGAAGCAUAAGUAUUUGAAUUGUUGUUCUUUCAUUAGUGUGGCCAUAGCGAGUGAUGUGAUUUACGCAUUUUGUUUAUUUUUAUUUUUGGAAAUGGGUGUGUUGAAUUCUUGUCCAACAAGAUCUUUUGUGGUGUGAGUGUGUUCUUGUAGCAGCUGGGAGGUGUCACGUCACUUAAACCAGUAGAACGGCCCCAGAUUGCACCUGGAAAAACAAAAUAAAAAAACAAAAACACGUGAAGCAGGGUAAAAACUGCAGUGGCAAACGUCCUUGAUAAAUUUCUUUUUUUGUAAUUUUUUAUUUUUGAUCAAAUCUAUCGCAACUUGACUGGUGCUACGCCUAGUUUCAGAUGUGACUCGCCAACGUUGAGCCUGAUUCGGUCUUAAGUCGGAAUGGGACGAUACGGAAAUGUCGUUUACUUUAGCGGGUUAUUUUUCCAGACCGAGGUUUAGAUUGUUUUCAUGCCUGACGGUUUUGACGUCUCAUUAUCGCUCUUCCUUAGAGUGAUCACAUGUUGCUGUGACAUGUCGGGUUUUUUGUCGCUGUUUUCCUACUCGUAGAAGCAGGACGACAGCGCCACCUGCAGUCCGACUUCUUCAGGACAGUAUCCCGGGUGUGCGACAGUAAAAAAGCCCCCUCGUCCCGGUUUACUCUCACAUUUUGGUCUGGAAAAAUAAUCUACAUCCACCUUUCCAUCCAUUUUCUUCCGCUUAUCAGUCUAAGCACGGACUCCCAGACUUCCCUCACCCCAGACACCUCCUCCAACUCCACCAAUGGGAUCCCAAGACGUUCCCAGGCCAGCGUGUCCUCGGGGAAAAUAAUCUUUUAAAAUAAAUUAACACAAAACCAACGUUGGACUCAUUGGACUAUUGAAAUUUGAUGAUUAUCAUGUCAGAAAUAAUUGCGAUUAACGAUAAUAUCACGAUAAUUACGUUGUUUACAGUUUAAAAAUAAUCUGGAUUUGCGUAAUUAUAAUUUUAACAUCAUGAAUACGCUCCAUAUUUAAUUGUACUUUAUUAUCAGUGAAAACAACAAUAAUCCAGAAGAGAUCAUCAGGGAAAACCACGAUUAUAUCAAAAUUAUCACGAUAAACGAUAUUUCUGUGUAUCGUCCCAUCCCUCGCCUUAAGAAACAUGGCUCAAAAUUGUCAGUAAAUGCUGAUUUUGCACUUUCCGUAAAAAAAAAAACGUCGGAUUUGAACACUUUGUUUGCAGGUGCUUGGGAAAAGGGUACUGUACCUUCCAGCUGGUAGUGUCGAGCGAACACUACACAGGUGUGAAUGCAGAAGGAGGCUGUAGAAACGUAUAUAUUUAAAAAAAAAAAAAAAAAAAAAAGAAUCAGUGUUCCACCAAUCAAGAUCUUUCUAGAGCCUCACGAUGACAACAUUAUUUUAAAAGUAUUAUAAUGUCAAACAGGACAACUUUAUGCAAGGAGGACCUGUGGCACUCAUGCAAUAUGUAUGAAAAAACGUCGACAUGCAGACUUUAAAUCACUUUUUUUUUGUCGUUUCUUUCUUUUCUUUCUACAUCAAGCAAUACACUCACACUUGUUCCAUACUUCUUUGGCUAGCUGCUAGUCACUUGGCAUCAGGUUGUUCCUAAAAACAUGAAAACCAGCAUUUUUACGGGAUGUAAUAUUCACCAAAAGAAGACAAAAAAGAUAGCAAUGCAGUGCCUGUCCAAGCUGUCCAAGUGUUGUAUAUACUUGUAAAAUGUGAUUAAUUAACUUUCAUAUGUGACAAGAAAAAUGGCAUCAUGCAGAACCCAGUGUGGCGUCUGGAAAUUUGCUUUUGUUAAUGUUCAUUUUGUGAUUUUAUUUCGAGACAUGUCCGCACACAAUGCCCACAUCAAGCUUGCUUAAAAUAGUACUUCUUCUUCUUCUUCUUCUUCUUCUGUUCAAGGGGAUAUAAGUUAUGCUAUGUGCUAAUGCUAACAGCGCAGUGAAAGGUGGAAAUAAUGUUCUGUUUUUUUUUCUUUUUUUAAAUAGAAAAAGUCACCUUUUUUUUCUGCAGGGCUGACUUUGGUUUUAUUCGGGGUCUUGUGGCACUUUUACUUCCCUCUGCGCACACGUGUAUUUAUGAUGCAAGGUGGAAAUGUACAACAACAACAACAACAACGACUAAACAAUUUGUAAAGUGUCUCCAGUAGUGGUUGUAGUUACACUGCAGGUGUGCAAAGGUCUAUGUAUGUAUCUGAAUGUACGUUUUAGAUGACUUUUUUGGGAAACUCUUUUUUUGUUUUUUGUUUUUUUUAUCUUUUCAGUUACAGUUUAGGAGCCGCAGGUGUCCAAUGUGAACUGUACUAUAGUGAAGGCCUUGAUAUCCCUUCUUCUUUUAUUGAUUUUUAGAAACGCCAAGCUAAUAUGGGCAAGCGCCUCCGAGCUGGUUACAUUUGGUGCAGGGGCUAAAAUUGCCACAAGAUUAAAGUCAAUGUAAAUAAUGGCUCAACUUUUUGUGAUUGUUACUGUUAUAUCCAGCCUAUACUGCUAGCAGCUGUUUUUACUGCAGUCAAUUACUGGAAGUGGAUAUAUUUCCUAUGCAAAACUGUUUAAACAAUAAAAUGAGCUAUGCUACAGAA